AGUUUCCCCCGAUUCACAUCGCAUGGCUCCCAUUGAGGCAACGCGUGGCCGAAUAGUCGAGGCGAUUUCCCGACGUGCCUAGACAUGAUGAACCCUCAUCUGCCCGCGAUGCCCCAUGGGCAGCCCCCCAUGGCCAGUUCUCGACGGCAGCAGGAUAUUUCUUACUCUACAGGACCCCCCAACAUGCGCUCUCCUCCCGCCUAUAUGGGGUAUCCGCCCCAUAUGAACGGCCAUCUCCCUCCCGCCUAUACACCACAGCAGUAUCCCCACUGGUACCCUGGUUACCCUCAAAUGCAACCGCCUCCACGCCCAUUUCAGCCGCCAUAUGCACCAAUGUUCGUAUCCACCUACCCUCAACCUACUAUGGCACCGGCUCCCAUACCGCCCCCAUCGCUGCCCAUGCAUGCGAGGACUUCCACUCCCCUUCAAUCCACCAUGUCUCCUCCCGUUGGACCAGCGCCCGCUCCGAUAAAUAUGCCAACGCAAUCUCCUGCUAUCCUCCCCAUUCGCCCAACACCUAGCCCUAUUAUGCCGUCAUCUUCUGUUUCUGCUCCUGAAAAGGCCCCUAUGGCCGUAACACCGAUAGAGCCCUUUCGUGCGCCGCUCCCUUGGCUCUCUGUCCCAGACCAUCCGUUCCCCGCUAGAGUUCCCCGCAGACGUCGGAAAAGCCGCUCCCUUCAAUCUUCUGUUUCAGUUGAACUGCCUGCAAAAGAGGCCCCGCAGGAUGGUUGUGAUAAGACCCAAAGUGCUGCAAAGGGGAUAGAGACGCAUACCCAGACUCUGUCCGAACCCCAAACACCAACAAUGUCUGCCGCACCAUCGGUCGCGAAUUCGACGCAACCCACUACGCCGUCUUCGGCUGUUCAGACUUCUGUCCGUCCUCAGUCGCAACCUAAAGGAUCAAAACCAGCUGUUCCUGUCGUUCCAAUUGUCCCCGUUGUUCCGAGUCUAGGUACUACGCGUCAAGGAACAAAGGAUGAUACCUGCCGCUCGUCCGAAACGCCGAAGGCUGGAGCAGCUGGUGAUCUUGCAAGUGGCCCAACUGGGGGAAUUUCCACCGAGCGCCCGGCGGAACAAAUAGAGAAUUUUACUUCUGAAAAUUCCACUAAGUCACUCUCCCCUGUUCGUACCGCACCGAAAUCCUGGGCGGAUCUAGUUCGAGCCAAGAACCAGUCAAAAGGCGCCGGUGCGACCAUUGCCCCGUCUGCUGUGUCGAACGGCGUGGUGAAACAUAAGAGUGAAUCUCUUGCAGAUGUUUUGGUGAACAUGGGUGAUGAUGUCUCUCAGUAUAGUGACAAAACCGCUUUCCUUGAGCCCAGGGGACUUGUAAAUACCGGAAAUAUGUGCUAUAUGAACUCUGUUCUUCAAAUUUUGGUUUCUUGUGUACCUUUCUAUCAAUUCUUGGAUCAUAUCGGCCGGCGAGCAUCGCAUAGUUUUCAGAGUAACUUUCCGAUGAUUGAUGCUUUGAUUAUGUUUAUGAAAGAGUUUCGCGUUAUUGAUGCUGCUCACUCUGAAGAACAGUUGAGGUUAAGGCUGAAACCUAAUGAACUUGAGCAAUACGGCGAGGCUUUUACCCCGGAAUUUGCUUACCAGGUGAUUAGGCAAUUACCGCGCUUUCGCGACAUGCGUCGAGGUCACCAACAAGAUGCUCAAGAGUUCUUGGGCUUCCUUUUGGAGGAGAUGCACGAAGAAUGUGCUCGCGCCGCAAAGGAUGCGCCAUCAACAAAGACGGAUGGUUCAGCAUCUCCGAGCGAUGAGCCAUUUACAGUAGACGAGGCGUCUGGUGAUGGUUGGCUGGAGGUUGGCCAUAAACAGAAGCCUGCAGUUACAAGAUCUUCUGGCCACAUGACUUAUGAGUCCCCCAUUACCAGGAUAUUCGGUGGAAAAAUCAGGUCAGAAUUUAAAGUACCUGGGAACAAAACCUCUGUCACCUUGGAGCCUUACCAACCGUUACAAUUGGACAUUGGCUCGCCUGAAAUCAACAACAUUAUUGAUGCUCUCAAGGGGCUGACGAAGCCUGAGAGCAUUCAAGGAGACUUCAACUCUUCGCGCGGUCCCAAUGUCACCGCAACAAAGCAGGUCUUCAUUGAGAAUCUGCCACCUGUUCUUAUCCUUCACCUCAAACGCUUCCAAUACGACAGUGUCACCAGAGGAACCCAGAAAAUUUGGAAGAAGAUUGGAUACCCUCUUGAUUUGGAGAUCCCUCGUGAAGUGUUCCCUCCUAACCGGCGCAAUAUCAUGAUGGCCCAAGGUGGACUGCCCAAAUACAGACUUAUUGGCGUUAUCUAUCACCACGGUAAGAACGCCAGUGGGGGUCAUUACACUGUAGAUGUUCGUCGCCAGGAUGGCCGUGAAUGGAUACGCCUGGAUGACACAGUCAUUCGUCGUAUCAGAAGCGAGGAUGUUGCGGAAGCUGGUGGUGAAGAAGAUCCCAAAGUGCUUGCCGCAGCCCUUGAGCAGCACAAGCGUGACACCAACACGAAUAUCUAUGAGCAAAUCGAUGACCUAGAGCAAUCGGAUAAUGAGAAAGGUUGGAGCCAGGUCAAUGGAACAGGCUCCGGUGGCCACUCUAGCAAGAAGUCCACCUCGGCCAUUACUAACGGAGCUCCGGCAACACCAAAAGCACCUUCCGGGGCCAGAACACCCAUUGGACGAUACGGGUCUAAGGACAACAAGGUUGCGUACCUGUUGUUUUACGAGCGCAUUGCAUGAAUCUGAAUCAGCAUGCAGGGCGAAGGCUCAACACGUUUCUUACGAACAGGAUCAAAGCGAAAAACUAGUGUCCAGAAAAUCUUGACUUGCAUCGCUUCUACUUUAUAAUCUGCGCUAGCAGAUCAUUCAUUUUUUAUUCCAUCCACCUUGCUUGGUGGCACGAUUGGUCUGGAAUUGAAUUCAUUAUUUGCCUUGAAGUUUUUCUUUCUCAUUUUUCUUUUAUCUUCUGUUAUGGUUGUUCAUUAUAGC